AUGGCCGCCCCCACCAACACCAACCUCAACCUCAACGCCACAGGUAUAGACGAGCUGCUGGGUAGCACCGCUACAGAAGAUGAUGCAGCAGAAGACCUCAGCGGCAGCGGCACCAGCUUCUACCGUCCCUUCUCAGUGUUCUCCGUGUUGGCCCUGACCCUCCUGGCCAUGCUGGUGGUGGCCACGUUCGUCUGGAACCUGCUGGUCCUGGUCACCAUCCUGCGCGUGCGCACCUUCCACCGUGUGCCCCACAACUUGGUGGCCUCCAUGGCCAUCUCGGACGUGAUGGUGGCCGGCUUGGUCAUGCCGCUCAGCCUGGUGCACGAGCUCAACGGACGCCGCUGGAAGCUCGGCAGGCUACUCUGCCAGGCCUGGAUCUCCUUCGAUGUGCUGUGCUGCACGGCGAGCAUCUGGAACGUCACCGCCAUCGCCCUGGACCGCUACUGGUCCAUCACGCGACACCUGGAGUACACGCUCAAGACGCGCAAACGCAUCUCCAACGUGAUGAUCGCACUCACCUGGGUGCUGUCCUCCGUCAUCUCGCUUUCGCCGCUCUUCGGCUGGGGAGAGACCUACUCGGAGGAGCACCUGGAAUGCCAGGUGAGCCAGGACCCGUCCUACACCAUCUUCUCCACCUUCGGGGCUUUCUACCUGCCACUCUGCGUGGUGCUCUUCGUCUACUGGAAGAUCUAUAAGGCCGCCAAGUUCCGCAUCGGAUCACGGAAGACCAACACCAUCACGCCCAUGGCAGAAGAGGUGGAGGUGAAGGAGGCGGAGCGGCAGCCCCAGAUGGCCUUCGCGGCGCGCCACGCCACCGUGUCCUUCCAGGCGGACGGCGAGACGUGGCGCGAGCAGAAGGAGCGGCGGGCGGCCCUGAUGGUGGGCAUCCUGAUCGGCGUCUUCGUGCUGUGCUGGAUCCCAUUCUUCCUCACCGAGCUCGUCAUCCCGCUCUGCUCCUGCGACAUCCCGCCCAUCUGGAAGAGCGUCUUCCUCUGGCUCGGGUACUCCAACUCCUUCUUCAACCCGCUCAUCUACACGGCGUUCAACAAGAACUACAACAACGCUUUCCGCAACCUCUUCACCUGGCAACGCUGA